UGGGAUAAAUGCCCAAGACCAGGUGCGUCAGUACCCACAGCCACCUCCUAGGCCACGCCUCCGCGUUGCCUGGCAACAGAGCUGCGCCAGGCGCACGUGCGUCAGAGGCCCUUGUUCUCCCGUCUCCCUCCCCGUGGGCAGUGGGAACAGCUAGGACCUCGGCGCGCUCCCCUGUGGCUUCGAGGGGACGUCGGAGUCAGGAGUCCACACCAGGAGUUAGACGACACCGGCGUGUGAGGGGCGAGGCGGAACACCAUGCAGGAUCCAAAUGAAGAUACAGAAUGGAAUGACAUUUUAAGAGAUUUUGGCAUUCUUCCUCCAAAAGAAGAGCCAAAAGAUGAAAUUGAAGAAAUGGUUUUACGUUUACAGAAAGAAGCAAUGGUUAAACCAUACGAAAAGAUGACUCUUGCACAGUUGAAGGAAGCUGAAGAUGAAUUUGAUGAUGAAGAUAUGAGAGCUAUCGAAAUAUAUAGAGAAAAGCGGUUACAGGAAUGGAAAGCUCUUAAGAAAAAACAAAAAUUUGGGGAAUUAAGAGAAAUUUCUGGAAAUCAGUAUGUGAAUGAAGUCACAAAUGCAGAAAAGGAUGUGUGGGUUAUAAUUCACCUAUACAGAUCAAGCAUCCCAAUGUGUUCGUUGGUUAACCAGCAUCUUAGUCUCCUAGCAAGAAAGUUUCCUGAAACUAAAUUUGUUAAAGCCAUUGUGAAUAGCUGUAUUCAACACUACCAUGACAAUUGUUUACCAACAAUUUUUGUUUAUAAAAAUGGUCAGAUAGAAGGCAAAUUCAUUGGAAUUAUAGAAUGUGGAGGGAUAAAUCUCAAGCUAGAAGAACUUGAAUGGAAGCUAGCAGAAGUUGGAGCAAUACAGACUGAUUUGGAAGAAAACCCCAAAAGAGUCAUUGUAGAUGUGAUGGUAUCUUCAAUUAGAAACACUUCUAUUUAUGAUGAUACUAAUAGCUCAAACAGUGAUAAUGAUGAUACCAAAUAGAAAUAUAUUUAAUAAAUAGCUUUAAAGUGUUUAUAUAUGGAAUAUUUUAUUUGCCACUGCCUUUAUAAUCAAAGAUCAGAAAAUUCAUAAAUAAAUUUCUUUUUAUAUUAGAAUUAUAGCUUAUAUGUCAUUAUAAAAACUUUCAGGUAUUUUAGAAUAUUCAUUGCCUCCAACAAAACUAGAAUUUGUACUGAACCCUUAAUAUUUGUUUGUGAUUUAUCUUUUUUCGGAUCCUUAUUGGACAAAAACAAAAAUAUUACAAGUCCUCUGUGUUGCCUGCUCACUUCCAAAGAGGCCUGUGGAUAAAAAUGAUGAAAGAGAACCAUGAAAUUUCAUUUAAUUUACUUCAAUCAAUAUUAAAGUCUAUUAUUUAGGGGCUUUGAAUGAAAAUACUUAAAUUUAUGACCAUAUGACUUUUGUUCGAAAUCUCUUACCUAUUAAAAAAAAAAACCAAUCAAUAGAAAAAAUGCAAUUUAAAGGUUCUGAAAAGUACACAAGAAACUUCUGCACUCAUUGUUGUAGUUUUUAAUAGUUGUUCUAUUAUUAAGUUAGAAAAUAUUGAUUUACUAAGUAUACUGACAGUUAGGCAACAGAAUUAUUAGAACUGUAUGACAUUGUAAGUCAUACAAUGUAAGUUUCUAAAUCAUGAAGAGAAGUGAGAAAAAUAUAUUAUGAGGCUUAUGUAUGUUUUAAUAGUAAUCACAGAAGAAUUCAUCAUGAGAAAAUAUGUAAUACGAGGACACUGAAGAAGACCUGCAGGAUGUCUUAUCUUGGCUUAAUAAUUAACACCACUUUUAGAGAAAAUGGUGUUAAAUCCAGCAUGUAAUAAUAGUUCAAUAACAGAUUUUAUUCUUCUACUAUUUUUGUAUUGAUGACCCAUCAUUCUGAUU